UCCCUUGUCUUCUGGCCAGGAGUGUCCAAGGCGUCUCAUCACAUGGGCCGGCUCAGAAACGCCAAGAUCUAUGUGGAGAGAGCUGUCAAGCAGAAGAAAAUCUUUAUGAUCCAAGGCCGCUACCCGGUAAUCCGGUGUCUCUUGCGCAAGAGGGGCUGGGUGGAGAAGAAGAUGGUCCAUUCCUCGGGCACUACUAUACCGCCACCCCAGAAGCAUCUGGAUAUCUCAGUAAUGGGUGAUAGUGAAACCACUGAGGAUGAAGAUCAAGAUGAGGAUGAGGAGUUCCAGCCACCACAACUGUUCGACUCUGAUGAUGUACUGGAAUAUGAUGACCUAGAUGGGACACAUGCUCUGAUGUCCCGCAUGGUUCGGAAUGAGAUCCCCUACUUCAUCUGGACCACUCGGCGGGAUGUGCUGGACUGUCGCUUCCUCUCCAAGGAGCAAAUGAUAAACCACUAUGCCCGGGCUGGCUCCUUUACCACAAAGGUGGGUCUAUGUCUCAAUCUCCGGAAUUUGCCAUGGUUUGAUGAGGCUGAUGCUGACUCCUUCUUUCCACGCUGCUACCGCCUGGGGGCUGAGGAUGACAAAAAGGCCUUCAUAGAGGACUUCUGGUUGACAGCUGCCCGCAACGUUCUCAAGCUUGUGGUCAAGUCCGAAUGGAAGUCAUAUUCUAUCCAGGCAAAAGAGGAAGAGGCCACAGGUGCAAAGAAGACUGCUGUAUGCCAGGAUCAGGGGCACAAGGGUCACACGUGUGUCAGAGGUCCCAGGAGCAGAGAGACUGCAGGAGACAAGCAGCCCAAGAAACAGGAGAAAAAGCUGGUGAUGGUGUCCCCAGAGUUUGUGGAUGAAGCUCUGUGUGCCUGUGAGGAGCAUCUCAGCAACCUAGCCCAUCUGGACAUUGACCGGGACCUGGAGGCUCCAUUGUCCCUCAGCCCUGAGGGCUGGUCCCUCUUUCUCCGGCGCUACUACCAAGUGGUCCAUGAGGGAGCAAAACUGAGGCACCUGGAUGCUCAGGUCCCGCGCUGUGAGGACAUCCUGCAGCAGCUGCGGGCCGUGGUGCCCCAGAUGGACAUGGAAGGAGAUCGCAACAUCUGGAUCGUGAAGCCAGGAGCUAAGUCCCGUGGCCGAGGCAUCAUGUGCAUGGACCAUCUGGAGGAGAUGCUGAAACUGGUGGAUGGUAACCCCAUGAUGAUGAAAGAUGGCAAGUGGGUUGUGCAGAAGUAUAUCGAGCGGCCCCUGCUUAUAUUUGGCACCAAGUUUGACCUGAGACAGUGGUUCCUGGUGACCGACUGGAACCCACUUACUGUGUGGUUCUACCGUGACAGCUACAUCCGCUUUUCCACACAGCCCUUCUCCCUGAAGAACCUGGACAAUUCAGUGCACCUGUGCAACAACUCCAUCCAGAAGCACCUGGAGAAUUCGUGUCAUCGGCACCCGAUGCUGCCUUCAGACAACAUGUGGUCGAGCCAGAAGUUCCAGGCCCACCUGCAGGAGAUGGGGGCCCCAGAUGCUUGGUCCACUGUCAUUGUGCCUGGCAUGAAGGCCGCAGUGAUCCAUGCUCUGCAGACCUCCCAGGACACUGUGCAGUGUCGGAAGGCUAGCUUUGAGCUCUAUGGUGCUGACUUUGUGUUUGGUGAAAACUUCCAGCCCUGGUUGAUCGAGAUCAAUGCCAGCCCCACCAUGGCGCCUUCCACUUCUGUCACCGCCCGGCUCUGUGCCGGUGUGCAAGCCGAUACCCUGCGCGUGGUGAUUGACCGUCGGCUGGACCGAAACUGUGACACAGGAGCCUUUGAGCUCAUCUACAAGCAGCCUGCUGUAGAGGUGCCCCAGUAUGUGGGUAUCCAGCUCCUAGUAGAGGGCUCCACCAUCAAGAAACCCAUGGCGACGUGUAACCGGCGGACAGGGAUCCGCACAGUGUUCCCUCACCUGCUGACCCAGCGAGGCUCUGGGGAAGGCAAGGACUCGGGGACACUUAUCCACAUGGCAGCUCCUAGGAAAGUUCCUGGGGCCAGGAGCCCGGGGCACACCGAGAAGCCAGACUCCACUGCCACCACAUCGGCUGCUGGAAAGGGGAAGAAAGGCAAGGCAAAAAUUGCUACAGCUCUGGUCUGCCCUGAUACCCAGAAGUGGGACCCCACCCCAGAACAAGGAUGGGCUGCAUUUGCACCAUGA